CAAAACAUUGAUGGCGGCGGUGGGGAUCUCUUUUAACAGCAUAAUGAAAAUAAAACAUAACAUAAUGCCAUGAUGGUAUACUUACAUCAGUUUUAAUGAAUAGUGUAAAUUAAUUUCUCCUCUUUUAUUGUACUUAUCUGGGUUGCUUUCAUCAGUUGUAGUCCAACUACAAUUGGAAGCUAGUUAGCUAAUUCUUAGUUGUCAACUCACCGUGGCUAGUACGAAUGGUCAACGCAAAAACAAACAAAAACGUUUUAUUUUCCAAAACAAGCAGUUGACCAGCCAUUUGUAGUUUAGUGGAGCACCAAUAUGGCAGGCCCACUGCUGGAGUUUGAAACGGAGAUGUUCUUGAGUCUGUUCGGCACAGACGGGCUCCUGGUGACUGCUGAGGGGAUGGGCAUAGACCGCAUCCUGCUGCAGUUUAUGCGGGUUUACUCGGAAGAGGGGAGCCUGGUCCUGCUUCUGAACACCACCACACCCGAACAAGAGUACUUUACAGAGCAGCUGCGAGCUGAAGGAGUUAGCCAUCUCCCUAGGACAGUGACUAGUGACGUCCAGAACUCAGAGCGCCAUAGCGUGUACACCCAGGGAGGAGUUCUGUUUGUGACCAGUCGUAUUCUGGUGGUGGACUUCCUGACCGACAGGAUACCUGCCAACCUCAUAUCAGGCAUCUUGGUGUACCGGGCCCACAAGAUCAUCGAGUCAUGCCAGGAGGCCUUUAUCUUGCGCCUGUUCAGACAGAAAAACAAGACAGGCUUCAUCAAGGCCUUCACUGACAAGGCCACAGCCUUCUCCUCAGGCUUCUGCCAGGUGGAGAGGGUCAUGAGAAACCUCUUUGUCAAGAAGCUCUACCUCUGGCCCAGGUUCCAGGCAUCGGUGAACUCUGUGUUGGACAGACAUAAGCCGGACGUGGUGGAGCUGCAUGUGUCUCUGACCCCGGCCAUGAGGGCCAUCCAGAGCUCCGUCCUGGACAUCAUGAGCGCCUGUCUGAAGGAGCUCAAACGCUACAACCCCACGCUGGAGGCUGAGGACCUGUCCCUGGAGAACACUCUAGGGAGCGCCUUCGAGAAGACCAUCCGCCACUACCUGGACCCCCUGUGGCACCAGCUGGGGGCCAAGACCAAGGCUCUGGUCCAGGACCUGAAGGUUCUGCGGACCCUGUUGCUCUACCUCACCCAGUACGACUGUGUCACCUUCCUCAACCUCCUGGAGUCCCUCCGCUCCAGCCAGAAGAACUUCGGCUCCAACUCCGCAGGCUGGUUGUUCCUGGACUCUAGCACCUCCAUGUUUGUGAAUGCGAGGACUCGUGUGUACCGCAUCCCCGAGAACAAGAAGAAGAUGAAAAUGGGAGGACCUGAGCCAGAGAAACAAAAGAGUUCAGCCGUGGUGAAGAGGGAGCUGGUCCUGGAGAAGAACCCGAAGUGGGAGGCUCUGACGGAGGUGCUGCAGGAGAUUGAGAAGGAGAACAAGAGUUCGGAACAUGAACCAGGUCGCGUGCUGAUCUGUGCCAGUGAUGACAGGACGUGCGCCCAGCUGCAUGAGUACAUCAGCCGGGGCGCGGAGUCUCUGCUCACCCGCCUCUACACGCGCACGAUCGGCAAAGGGGAUGCCCCGACAUCUGAACCCGAUGUACCCAAACUAGGCAAGAUGGGCAAAAAGAAACAUGAGAAAAACUCCAAAGGCAAAACUGUCAAACCUAAGACUUCUACGGGUAGAAAGAAAGCAUCCCCGACCCUCACACAGAUGAUUGUGAAGGAAGAGAAGGAUGAAGGAGAGAGCAUGGGCAGCAGUAUGGAUGAGGGAGGUGGGAUCAAAGGAGAAGAAGAGGAUGAGGAAGAAGAAGUGGAUCUUAAGUUAGACUUAUCGUCCGACGCCUACUAUGGUGUGCUGAAGGAGCCCCUGAUUGUGAUCCACCCUCUGAGGGGCUGCACUGACCCCUACAGCUUGACACGGGUACUGCAUGAGGUAGAGCCCAGCUUUGUGGUGCUGUACGAUGCAGAGCUCAGCUUUGUCAGACAGUUGGAGGUCUACAAGGCCAGCAGGCCUGGGAAACCACUCAGGGUGUAUUUCCUGAUCUAUGGAGGCUCUACAGAAGAGCAAAGGUACCUGACAGGCCUGUCCAAGGAGAAGAAGGCCUUCGAACACCUCAUCAGAGAGAAGGCCACAAUGGUGGCCCCUGAAGAGAGAGAGGGAAGGGAAGAUACCAACCUGGACCUCAAUAGAUGUCAGGAACCUGCUAAUGCAACCACUAACACCAGGAAAGCAGGAGGCCAGGAGCAGCCCACGGAGCCUUCGCGCGUCAUCGUGGACAUGCGUGAGUUCCGUAGCGAGCUCCCGUCCCUGCUGCACCGCCGUGGGCUAGACAUCGAGCCUGUGACCCUGGAGGUGGGAGACUACAUCCUCACAGACGACACCUGCGUGGAGCGCAAGAGUGUCAGCGAUCUGAUUGGUUCCCUGCAGAGCGGGCGCCUCUACACCCAGUGCCUGUCCAUGACUCGUUUUUACCGCAAACCCAUCUUGCUCAUCGAGUUUGACCCGGCCAAGCCGUUUUCCCUCGUGGCCAGGACUGACUUCCGCCAGGAGAUAUCGGCUAACGACGUGACCUCCAAACUCACCCUCCUCACCCUUCACUUCCCCCGGCUCCGCCUCCUAUGGUGCCCCUCCCCCCACGCCACGGCAGAGCUGUUCCACGAGCUGAAGCGCGGGCGCCAGGAACCAGACGCUGCGGCCGCCCAAGCUGUGACCGCAGAGUCCGACACGGUAGCUGAGUCAGCGGAUAUCUACAACCCUGGGCCGUAUGACUUCCUGUUGCGCAUGCCCGGGGUCAACGUCAAGAACUGCAGAGCACUUGUUAGCAAUGCAGCUAGCAUUGCAGAGCUAGCCACAAUGAGCCAGGACAAGCUGGCACAGAUUCUGGGCAGUGCCAGCAAUGCUAGGAUGCUGUACGAGUUCCUGCAUAAUGUUGUGGAAGUGCCUACCCCUGUACAAAAGGGAAAGCAGACCUCAUAGACUUGAGAGGGACUUGAUUAUGGAGAGAAUUUUGUCUUAGUGCUGUAAAGUUGUGUUUGUUUGUAAAUGUUUGUAUGUUCGAUAGGACAUUUGGGAGACUAAGUAUUUUUUUAAAUUCUAGAAUAAGGUAUGAAAUGCAGUUAUUUAAAUAGUACUAUGACUAUUUACUGUGAAUGAGUGGGUUGAAUGGAUUGUACUGGCCCUGGAUAGCAAUAAUCGGAUGUACUGUAAGUGGGAUGGCUGAUGACUUAAAAGCACCUGGUAUCGUC